AUGGCAGGCCCAGCAAUGUCUGGGCUCUUCAGUACGUCCGUGGUCAGGCUAUUUGCCAAGCUUGUGAGGCCGGCUGUUCAGGUAUGUGGUAUUGAAGGCCACUGUACCACUGCUCUUUGUUCUGUUGCGUCGAGACAGAAUAAGCUGAAGCAAGUAGAAAAGAAGUUGUCGAGAGCAGCACAACUCCUGAAGGAACCCAAGGUGACUGCUUCUAUUUUGAAUCCCUAUGUUAAGUGUUCCAUUAGAGUGAAAAGCCUAAGUGAUAUCACAGCAAAACAGAGGUUCUCUCCCCUCACAUCCAACCUGAUCAAUUUGCUUGCUGAAAGUGGCUACUUAGGCAAUACCCAAGGAGUCAUUUCUGCUUUUCCUACCAUGAUGAGUGUCCGCUACGGAGAGGUGCCUUGCACAGUGAUCACUGCAUCUCCUUUAGAAGAAGCCACUCUCACUGAAUUAAAAACAGUCCUGAAGAGCUUCAUAAGUCAAGGCCAAAUAUUGAAAUUGGAGGUUAAGACUGAUCCAUCAAUUAUGGGUGGAAUGAUUGUUCAUCUUGGAGAGAAAUAUGUUGACAUGUCCGCAAAAAUCAAGAUUCAGAAGCUGACCAGGACUAUGUGGGAGAUUAUCUAA